AUGGCCCUUAGGCUCUAUCAAAUUAAUGUUAACCAUAGUCGGGCAUCUCAGGAUCUGAUGAUGCAUUGUGUGCUUGAAAACGGUAUAGGCAUUUGCUGCCUUGCCGAGCCAUGGCGGGUCCCUACGGAUAAUGCUCAUUGGGUCUCGAGCUUAGACUCAGUAGCGGCUAUAGUGUGGAACCCGGCACUUACCGGGCCCGGCUGCGUCGUAUUUCAUCGAUCUAAUAACAUUGUCGGUGUGAGGUUCGGAAAUGUGCGGGUCAUAUCUGUGUACAUAUCCCCAAACAUUAACGUUGCGAGCUUCCUUGAGAUAACUGACAGACUGUCGGACGCGGUAGCCGCUGCUCGGGACCCCGUCAUUCUCUGUGGAGACUUCAACGCUAAGUCUACAUAUUGGGGGUCCUCCAUUGACAAUCGCAGGGGUGAAAUAUUCCUCGGUCUGGCGGACCAACACGAUCUGGUCCUAUGUAAUAGGGGGAACAGGCCAACUUGCGUGCGCCCUCAGGGCUCCUCUAUAAUUGACCUGACGUGGGCCUCGGCCCAGUACGCGGGUCGAGUCAGGAACUGA